UGAAGGUCAUCCCCGAAAUCGAUGUCUUUGGCAUCAACACGACUUACUAGGUUCAAUACUGUUGAGUCGAGGUUUUUUCGAUCCUGUCGAUCCAAGUGAUAAGAUGAUGUUAAUCCGGAAUUAUUUAGAUCAAAAUGCUCCAUCUUUACAAGAUUUUGAUCAACUUAUACAAUCCUAUCAAUUAGAAUAUGGUAUUAUCCUAUUAAGAGAUUAUCAAAAAUUAUUACAAAUGUAUAAUACUACUGAAAUAUCAUUUCAUGAAUUUAAGUAUCAUACAAAUUAUCUAUUACAAUAUAUAUGGGAAAAAUUACAUACGGGUCAUUGGAAAAAUGUUCAUAUUUGUUGGCGUAUAUUAUAUUCAUCUAUUAAAUUAUUAAUUGUAUUAUAUUAUUUAUAUAAAAGUAAUAAUAAUAAUAAUAAUGAUGAUCCUAAUUCUUAUCAGUUUGAUCCUGAUCAUCCAAAUGAUCAUGAUCAUGAUCGCGAUCACUAUCAUCAUCCUUUUAUAGAAUUAAUUAAAGAAUUAGAUCUUAGUUUAAUUAUGGGUUAUCCAAUAUUUAAUCAAUUUGCAUCGAAAUUAGCUUCUAAAUUACAUCAAAUUAUUAUGAUUAAAAGAAGAUUAUGUAAUGAAAAUGAUUUAUCAUUAUCUAGAUUAUUUCAAUUAGAUAAUCAUAAUCAUGAUCCUGAUAUUGAUCAUGAUCUAGAUCAUGAUCUAGAUCGAUUUAUUCAAAUCAAUGAACAGAUCAAAAUCAAUUUGAAUAAAUUAGAUCAUAUUAAUUGUCCAAGUAUUGAAUUAUUUAAUAAUUUAAUAAAAUUUAAUAAACCAUUUAUUAUAACAAAUGCAAUCAAUUUUUGGCCAGCAUAUAAUAAUAAUAAUCAACAUAAAUGGACUAUAAAUUAUUGGUUACAUCAUUAUGGUUAUCGUUUAGUUCCUAUAGAAAUUGGUCAAAAAUAUACACAAGAGAAUUGGGGACAAAAAUUAAUGACAAUUUCUGAGUUUAUUAAACAUUAUUUUAAUCAAUCAAUAAUCAAUAAUGAGAAUAAAAUGAAAGGUUAUUUAGCCCAAUAUGAUAUCUUUACACAGAUACCAGAAUUAGUAAAUGAUAUUUAUAUACCAGAUUAUUGUUAUGUUACUGGGGGUGAUGAACCAAUCAAUAAUAGUGAUGAUAAUGGUAAUCAUCAUAUGGAUACCAUAGAAACAAAUAUAUGGUUUGGUCCAAAAAAUACUAUAUCACCAUUACAUCAUGAUAAUGAUCGUGCGAAUUUAUUAACACAAAUUCAUGGUUAUAAAUUAAUUAUAUUAUAUUCUAGCUUAGAAACAAAGAAUUUAUAUCCAUAUAAUGAUAAUCCAAUGUUAUGUAAUACAUCUAAAAUAGAUUUAGAUCAUUUGAAUAUUGAUUUAAUGAAUGAAUUUCCUAAAUUUCAAAAUGUUCAUGGUUAUUAUAGUAUACUUAAACCGGGUGAAAUGUUAUAUAUACCACCACGUUGUUGGCAUUAUGUUCGUUCAUUAACAGCAAGUUAUUCAGUGAAUUUUUGGUGGAAUAUUUCAUCAUCAUUAAUACCAUCAUGGGAAUAAUAAGUAUUAUUAUUAUUAUUAUUGUGUAUAGAUCUUUUUUGAAAUUCCUUUUUUGUCUUGUCGUUUGAAAUGGUUGGUUGGGAUCUUAGAGACGAUAUCAGCCAAUGGUUAAAGAUCUUGAAUGAAAUGGUUUAAAAUCGUUUACAAUGGCGCAGGUGUAAUUCACUCUUUAUGUUCUCCCAAAUUGUAAUCUUCUGAAUUGUUCAUAUCCCUUAUUUUCUCUUUCCAAAUUUAUUUCACUGUAUUAUAGUCAUUGAAUAACAUCUUUAAAGUCUAAUGUUUCCGAUUACUGCUUAUACUUUUACUACCUCCUACCACUAUGGGAUUUGAAUCGACAACUGCAUCUCUGUGCUAAUGUGGUGUGGCAACUCGAAGUGAUGUACGUACGUACGAUAUUUUACGUUGUUACUGACUGACUGACUUGCUGUUGUUGUUCUUGCUAAGUACGAUUGUGGAUUGUACAAUAAACUUUAUUUUUUGAAAAAAUAAAAAAAUGUGAAUUUUGUCG